AUGGGAAAAGAGUUUGAAAAGCUUAAGGAUGAUGUGAAAGAGCCAUUUAAGGAAACAGAACUCGGGUUAAAGGAGAAACAAAAGAAAUUCGAGGAAAGGGUGGAGGAAAAACAAAACGGCUUGAAUAAAGAUGUAGGAGCCCAGGCUAAAGAAUGUGAACAAAGAAAGACUGAGAUUGCUGAAGGUGAAGAUAAAAAAGCAUUUGAUAAUGAACCUCACUCAUCCAUAGACGAGAUUCAUUCAAGAGCAGCUGUAAAGUUGAAGGUUGCUCUGGCUGAAGCUGACGAAGAAGAAUUGAACGUGGUGGCCUACAGUAAAUGGAAAGACACUGAAAUAUCUGACGUUGAAGAUGAUACGCAUCCUUAUAUCGACACAUCAUCAUUAUUUCGAUGGAGACAUCAGGCACGAAUAGAACGCAUGGAAGAGCAAAGACGAUGCAAGAAAGAAACUGAAAAAGAACAUAUUGUGCAAUAUGAAAAGUUCGUAAAGAAUUCUGAAAUGCUACGACGGUAUAAUGACAGCAAGCGUUUCCUGACGCGUCAACCGGAGCAUGAAAGUGAACAUACAGCAAAUUAUUUGGUUAUUUGGUGCAUACAUUUCGAGAUGGAGGAGAAACAUGACCUAAUGAAUCAUGUGUCUCACCUACGUAUUUGUAUUCAGUACAUACAGGAACGGCACAAAAAGUCUAUCUUUUUUGCUUCAUAUGUCUUACCUACAAAGGCAGACAAUGUUCAAGAUAUUAAAAUCAGAACUUAA